AUGUCCCGCGAGACUUAUAGUCGCAAUGAGUACACAGUGGGAUGGGUAUGCGCACUUCCGAAGGAGCAAACAGCAGCUGUAGCCAUGCUAGAUCUACGACAUAACCUCCCUCACGACAUGCAAAAGUCGAAGCAUGAUUCUAACACAUACACCUUAGGAUGCAUUGGCACUCAUAAUGUCGUCGUAGCUUGCCUCCCCAUGGGUGGGUACGGAACGGUAUCUGCAGCAAUCGUUGUGGCCCAUAUGACUGAAACAUUUCCAGCCGUUAGAUUUGGCUUAAUGGUUGGCAUUGGUGGUGGCAUCCCCCCAAUUGUCAGGCUUGGCGAUGUCGUUGUCAGUAUUCCGGGUCAUGGUUAUCCAGGAGUAGUGCAGUGGGAUCUAGGGAAAGUAGAAGAUGGCACCCGAUUUAAACGGAUUGGUUCAUUGGAUAAGCCACCAGUAUUCCUUCGCACGGCGCUAUCGACACUUCAGGCAGAGCAAGACUUAGAGGGGUCGAAAAUGCAAACAUAUCUACAGGAUUGGCAAAAGAAAUACCCAAAAUCAGCACCGAAGUAUAUGAGAACCGAUGCACUCCAGGAUAUACUCUUCGAAGCAGAGUACAGCCAUGUUCAGAGCCCGGACUACAAACCCAAAAGACUUGAAGACGAACCCGAUCCCACGGAGGAGAGUUGCUUACACUGCGACAGGAAACAUGCCAUUGAGAGGAAACUUUUAGGAACAAAAGUACACUAUGGCUUGAUUGCAUCCGGCAAUAGUGUCAUAAAGGAUGCUGCUUUUCGAGACUCUCUCAACGAGAGCUAUGAUGGAAACAUCUUGUGCGUUGAGAUGGAAGCGGCCGGAUUGAUGGACAAUUUCCCUUGCAUUGUCAUUCGAGGAAUCUGCGAUUAUGCGGAUACUCAUAAGAAUAAGGCCUGGCAAGAGUACGCAGCCGCUAUCAGUGCAGCAUUUGCAAAGGAGUUGUUGGGAUACGUGCAACUUCGCGAUAUUGUUCAACAGCAGCCAGCCAAAGAGAUCAUCGUGAGUCAUAUUACCGAAAUCAAGGAAGACGUCGCGUAUAUCCGAUCUAAGCGUGAUAAAGAUGAGGUUUUCAACUGGCUCGCGCCAUUUAAUUAUGGUUCGCGACACAGCGAAAUCCUUCGGAAACGGCAUCCUAAGACCAACCAGUGGUUCUUAGAACAUGACAAGUUCGUACAGUGGACUGAUGACGAGGGGACUACCCUCUAUUGCCCAGGCAUCCAAGGGUCAGGCAAGACAGUGCUUACGUCCACUAUAGUCUGCGAUCUCGAAUCAAAAUUCCAAGACAGAACAGACGUGGUAGUUGCUUACAUAUACUGCAACUAUAAACUACCAGUAACAAUAGAGGGCUACCUGUCCAGUCUCUUAUGGCAACUAAUCGCACGACAGCCCUCUGUUCCAAAAACUGUGAAGGCGCUCUACGGCAUGCAUAAAGAUAAAAAGACAGAGGCUACCCAUCAGGAACUCACCAAUGUACUAAAAUCUAUGUUGGCUGAUUUCAGCAGGGCUUUCUUCAUCGUUGAUGCCCUAGAUGAAUGUACAAAAGAUGGUAACUGUAUGUGGCUAUUGAUAUCUACGGUUUUAGACCUCCAGAAAGCAUGCCAGAUCAACAUAUUCGCAACUUCGCGAAUAGUUGGAGAGAUCAAAGGCGCCCUCGCGAAUUCGUCCAUUAUAGAGGUGACUGCGGAUAGCCACGACAUGGAAGAAUAUUUGCGUAGUCAGAUUCUGCUUGAAAGGGAUGGGUUGUUUGAUGAUGAAUUCCGAGAAGAAGUCAUAUCGAAGGUCAUCAAGGCAGCCGAUGGAAUGUUCUUGCUUGCUGAGCUUCACAUGAAUUCAUUAAGGGGAUUGCCAACAAGAGGACACAUUAAACAAGUGACAAGCAACCUUAUUACAGCAUCGGACAGAUUAGAUUCGGCAUACCAACGUACCCUGGAAAGGAUUGAAAACCAAGGAGAUGAAUGUAGUAAACUGGCAUACCAAGCCCUUGCAUGGGCAGUCUAUGCCAUAACUCCACUUCAUAUAAGGGCGAUGCUUCAGGCUCUCGCAAUCCAACCAGGAAUGAGGUAUUUUGACGCCAGUUUUCAACCCAGUCCUAAGAAGUUGCUAUCCAUCUGUGCCGGAUUGAUUACAUGCAACGACGAUGGAUUUGUUCGAUUAAUUCAUUACACGACACAGGAAUACCUCACGAAAGUAGAAAAUAAAUGGUACCCAAACGCUCAAGCAAAUCUUACGAGACUCUGUGUCAAUUAUCUAUCUUUUGGGGAUUUCGACCAAGGGGCUAUACUAGGCACAUGGGAUUACGACCAGAGACUAUUACGUCACCCCUUUUAUCAAUACGCGGUCGCAUAUUGGGGUACCCAUGCGCGCAAAUCCCCAAGCUGCGAUUGGAAAAACAUCGUUUCAUUUCUCCAAAAGCAGGCUCAUGUCGAGGCGGCAUGCCUGGAAUUAAUGGGCAGCAGGAGGUAUUCUUUUCGUGAAGCUAACAAAGCUUACGAAUAUUUGAUGUCUGGGAGUGAUAGAAAAGCUCGAGAGACCCUAGAAGACACCGGUUUACACCUAGCAGCAUAUUUUGGGCUGGAAGAAGUAGUGAGGAUAUUAUGCGAUGAGUGCAGCGGAUUCGAUGUCAACUCGAAGGGUGUAGAUGGCCAAACACCAUUAUCGUGGGCGGCAAGAAACGGAGAAGACGCCGUCGUCAAACAACUUCUAGCCCGGGGGGCAGAUGUGAGGAUCGGAGACGUGCUUCCACCAAUAUUAGUUGCACUCGAUAAUCGACACGAGAGCACUGUUAACUUGCUGUGGGACGCUGAAAAGAAGGACGCCAACAGCUUAGCGCAAUAUUCACCACAGUUGCCCGAAAUAGUGCGCUUUUAUCUCUUGCCAGAUUUUCUUCCACAAUUCGAUCCAGAAGAAAAAACCUUCUUGCUAAUCAAGGAGGUCUGCUUAUCCAACAACAGCGGAAAAAUUAAAAACGAAACCAAAGAUAUUAUCAAAGCCAUCCUUGCCGACGAUACGAUAGAUCCGAAUAUGGAGAGUAUUCUUGGACAGACGCCACUACUCGCAGCUAUAGAAGUUGCCGGAAGCGAUCUAGCCAUCGUUGAAAUCUUACUUUCUUCAAAUAGAGUAAAUCCUAAUUGUGGUUUCACAACACCAUUGGAACUCGCUAUUCGGAAAGGGCGUGAGGACAUUCUAUUGAGAUUCGAGAAAUUGCUGUCUGAAGCAGAGGGAGAGAGGGCCAAGGACAACGGAAAAAGAAGAUAA